AUGCCGCUCACCGCUCAUGGAUUCGAUUCAAGGGAGAUACACUCCAAGAUCCAGCUUCUCAUCGAUGGACUCGUCAACAUCAGGGAUGAGACGGGGGAGUUUCUCAUGACUCUCGCGGACGGCCGCGUGAUAGACACUAAAGGAUGGAAUGACUGGGAGUGGACGCAUGGCGUUGGGCUCUAUGGAAUAUGGCACUACUACCAAACGACUGGUGAUGCCAAAUAUCUCCAGAUCAUAGAAGAUUGGUUCAAAAACCGCUUUGCCGCGGGUGGCACGACAAAAAACAUCAACACCAUGGCAGCCAUGCUCACUUUGGCCUUUGUGUAUGAGAAAACCAGGAAUCCGACGUACCUCCACUGGCUUGAUAGCUGGGCGGAGUGGGCAUACCACGACUUGGAGCGAACAAAAUACGGAGGCAUGCAGCACAUUACAUACUUGGAGGAGAACGAUCAACAGUUGUGGGAUGACACGCUUAUGAUGACUGUGCUGCCCCUGGCCAAGAUUGGUCUCGUUCUGGAUCGGCCUCACUACGUCAACGAAGCGAAGUACCAAUUUCUGCUGCAUAUACAGUAUCUGUUUGACUCCAGGACGGGCCUCUUCUUCCAUGGCUGGUGUUUCAAAGACGGUGGCCACAACUUUGCCUCUGCAAGAUGGGCACGUGGAAAUAGCUGGCUCACCAUCGUGAUUCCAGAGAUUAUUGAGCUAUUGAAUCUGGCUCCCGAUGAUCCGUUUUGCGUUCAUCUCAAAUCUACCUUGGGAGCCCAGUGUGAAGCCUUGAAGGCUCUCCAGUCACCGUGUGGGCUUUGGCGGACUCUAUUGGAUGUGCCGGAAGAGGAAGGUUCCUACGUGGAAGCCAGUGCAACGGCUGGCUUUGCCUUUGGCUUGCUCAAGGGUCAACGCAAGCACUACCUGCCAAAAGAGUACCAAGAUAUUGCGUUCAAGGCGAUACAAGGUGUUUUGGACAACAUCAAUCCCAAAGGCGAAUUACUAAACACGUCAUUCGGAACAGGCAUGGGAUCGGAUUUGGAGUUUUAUAAGAAGAUUCCCAUUACGCCCAUGCCUUAUGGGCAGGCAAUGGCCAUCUUAGCUCUUGUUGAGCACCUGAAGAUAUUUCUUUAG